AUGAGCGGACUUGAGAAAGGAUCAACCACUACCAAGACCCCUGCAGAUUUCCUGAAAUCACUUCGUGGUCGUCCUGUUGGUAAGUUGAAUUCUGGCGUCGAUUAUCGAGGUAUUCUUGCUUGUCUAGAUGGCUAUAUGAAUAUUGCCAUGGAACAAACGGAAGAGUAUGUCAAUGGACAAUUGAAGAACAAGUAUGGCGAUGCAUUCAUUAGAGGGAAUAAUGUUCUGUACAUCAGUACCUCAAAGAGGACCCUAGCUGAAGGGGCAUAGUAUGUAACACUGUUGAUCUUUUCAAGACUCUUGUUAGCCAACCUCCAACCGAUGUUUUUUUAAAGCUUCUUUGUUUUCCUUUGUUUCUGUAGUGAAAUUUAGUUUUUCAGAUGUUAAAAAGGCUGAGUUGGAAUAUAUGUAUAUUUUGGCAUUUUGAAAAUAGUGUUUGGUGGAGCAUUGCAUGAUCCGCCUGUAUUAAUCAUUUAGUCGGAGAGUGGGGUAUUGUGAAUCAUGCUUCUGUUUUGCAAUUUGUAAUGCAACUUUUUCCCAGUUUGACUGGAAAACUGGCAACUCGGCACUUGGUCUGGCUCGGAGUUCACUCAGCGCGGGAUCUGACGUAGACGGUUAAAAGCCAGAAAAACCGGUUAGCUGGGGAAAAAAACCGGAUGGUUUUUUUUU